GUGACCUGCUAAAUGGAAAUUACAGCUCUUGGCUCUGCCUUGAAAAUGGACUCAUUGAGAAACAAGGACGGAAUGCCAGUGUCUCCAUGUACAGGCACUCCAAGGCUCCCCUGGUUUCUCUUCAUCCCCAGGUUCUGAGGUGAGAAUCAUCAGUCAGGUAUCUUAACCAUACCUGGUCCCAGAGCUUGGAAUGGCCCUUCCCAAGACACUUCUAGCUCACAGUCGCCUCAGAGGUGGAAGGAGUCAAGGCCGUGGUUCGAGCACCACAGCAGCAGCAGAACCUCGUCUGGCUCGCUCUCUUCCUCCAGAGGCUAAAGAGGAGGCAAAGGACAACUUACCUGCACGUGCUGUCAGUCCAGGGCCGGAGCAUCUGGAACCAGCCCCAGCAGGAGAGAUUCUUGCCAGUCAGGACUGCUGGGCCCAGGCAGGAGAGGCGGAGCAGCAGGAGAGCAUGGAUAGAGUGUGCGAAGCCCGGGAAUUCAGAUGGGAGCAGUUGUCUGCCCUUGAGAGAAAGCACCACUCCUCGCUAGCCCGGGCCUUUGAAACGUCAGCAGAGACAGCGGAGGAAUUGCAGCCUCACAGGGAUCUGCUGAAGGAAGAGGUUCCUCUGGCGGUGCCAAAGGUUUGCCGCCCACAGGGGCCGUCCCCCAGGGUUCUGGAGAGGCUGCUCCAGGAGUCCUCUCGCCAAGGGGACACGCUGUCCCAGGUGUGCAGAGAGGAAACGGUGCUGGCACAAGAGAAGGCUGCCCUGGAAGCCCAGCUGCCAGGCACGGAGCGGAAGCUACGAGGCCUUUCCAAGCAGCUGGUAGAGACCAGGUCAGUGAAGGAGAGCCUGCAAAGCAGCCUGCAGGCGGCUCAGCGGCGCAUCUCGGAGCUGGAGAUAGCCAGGAGCUGUCUGGAAGGCCAAGUUCGCACAGCCACGCAGGCCAAGGAGGUGAUACUUGAGGAUGUGAGGGGCCUUGGUCGUGAGCUGCAAGCUGUAAGAUCUCUCAGCAAGCAGCAAUGUGAAGAAAUGGCCCAACAGCUCCGCAGGAUGGAAGAGCAGUACAUCAAGGCUCUCAGACUCUGGCAAUCUGCUCAGGAAGAGGAAAAAAGGAAGCUCCAGGAAAACUUGGAGAGACAGCUGGAACAACAGCGUUUGGAGGCGCAGCAGCAGCUGGAGGAACAGGCAAACCUCGUGGCAGAGCUCCAGCAUCAGAAGGCUGCUGUCUUAACCAGAAUGCACCAGAUGGAGAGAAAGCUAAUCCGAAGCCAGCAGCAAGUCAAGCAGCUGAGGCUGGAGCUGAGUAAGGAGCGGGAGAAUGGGCAGAUGGACACAGGCUCUGCAGCAGCGUCCUCCAAAGAAGGAGUCUCCCCUCUGCAGCCUGAAAACUCGAGCAUGGACAGUUCAUGCUGGUCAAGCCAGGAGAGAGAGAAGCAAUGCCUGAAGAUGCUGAGGAGCAUUGUGAGCAUGGCAGAUCCAGCAGAGAAAUACACUGGCUGGCAACAUAUUGGCAGUGGGUGAGUGCAGCCACACUUCCUUCUACACAACUAUGGGCCAGGUAUUUUGGUG